AUGCAGCAGGGCUGCGAGAUCCGCCAGGUGUGCGGUACGAGAGCGUGCGAGCGAGCGUGUCGAGCCAGAAGCAGCGGCUCUGGACAAAACUGGCCAGUUCUGUGUGCAUCGGGCCGGCUCACAGAGAGUGGUGGAGAGCUGCGUGAGGCGACGGUAAUUGUCCAGAACUACAACUCUGUGCUGACGCUGGCUCAUCUCUACAAGCUGUCGGACGCCAUCCUGGUGCACGAGAACGACACGGUGCACCAGAUCUGCAGUCAGCUGCUCAACCUCAAACACAUCUCCUUCGCUGAUGUCAACUCAGUGAUCGCUCACCAGCUGGGCAGCGUCCUGCAGCCCGCGCUCACCGCUGACUCCCAGGGAGCCUACAGCAGAAACCCUCUGGGGGAGUUGGUGAGCGCCCUCUGCUGCCACCCAGAGUUCAAGCUGCUCAGCAUCUCCUCCAUCCCUCAGGUGCCCCUCGCCUCCAUGGCCUACAGCAGCUUCAGCUGGCCCAGCCUGCUCAAACACCUCCGCCAGAUGCUCAUCUCCAACAGCAAGAUGGAGGAAGGUAUAGACUGGACGGUGCGUCCUCCUGCAGCCGCUGAGCGCAGCAGGAGCCUCACAGCAGGGAGCUUCAACACGUCUCUGGCCAACGUGCUCAUCCUGAGAGGGAAGGACGUGUACAGCGCAGAGACAGGCGGUUUCGAGGACCCGGCCCUGUACUCCUCCUGGCUCUCACCACAGGAAGCCUUCAGUGUGUGGAAGUCCCCGGUGCCUUUUAAUAAAUAUGAAAAAAGUGCCACGCUGGUCAGUAACAGCCAGGCUCUGCUCCGCCCCCUGGACAGCAUGGUGGGCGGAGCCUGGAACAUGUUCGCCUCCAGAGCCUACAUCCACCAGUACACUAAGUUUGGGAUCUCAGAGGAGGACUUCCUGGACAGCUUCUCGUCUCUGGAGCAGGUCAUCUCCAGCUACAAACAACUGUGCUAGAAAUGGGAGAAACCAACAAGCACCCUCAUGCCAAGGAAUACCACUGUUUGGAAUGAUUUCUUAUACCAACAUGUAAAUAAAAUGUAUUUUAUUUAAA